AUGAAGACUCCAUUUACAGUAUUAUGUAUUUUGGUUGCUGUUGCAACCGGAUGCACUGAGAACAAUCAAGAUAGAACGCCGGUGCGGCUGCAGCCAAAAGGUCCGGCCCCUGCCUUGGCUCCACCGGCGACCGAGGACUGCAUCAGCCUGAUUUUCAAUAUGGUGGAUUGCAUGACAUUUUUGGGCAAUGGUGGGAUCGAAACAAAGCCUGUGGGGUCGUGUUGUUCGGGAUUCAAGAUGGUGGUGGACAAGAAUGCCGACUGCAUUUGCAGAGCCCUAAAGAGCAGUAUCAGUUUGGGUAUUGAUGUCAACAUGACUAAGGCUAUGAAAUUGCCUUCUGCAUGUGGUCUCUCUUCUUUUAAGCUUGCUGACUGCAAAGUUAAGACUCCAUCAACAGCUGCUUCACCUCCACAGUCUCCAGAUAUUCCCACCCCGACAAAGCCACCGGCAGCCCCCUCCGGUCAUUCUGGAACACCGGAAGCCCCCUCUGGUCAUGGCGGAACAGCGGAUCAUCAAGCUGCAGCUCCAUCUCAUACAAGCAAUGGAGCUUAUGCCACAUAUGCCACCCUUUCAAUUCUUUUUAGUUUGGUUGUUUCUGCCUCAUCAUUCUUUAAUGUCUUAGCUUAA